AUGAUUAACUUAAGGCUGAAUGUCAAAAAAGAUAUUCCUCUAACCAGUGAACGAAUCGAACAUUUUCAAAAGCUGAUGGAAACUGAAGGAGAUCUUACUAAGUGGCUCUCCGAUGAGAGUUCAGCGCAAGCAUCAGUGGUGAAGGUUUUUCGAUACUACUUGACCAUCGAGGAAGCAACCCAGAUUAUUCAACAAUUUGGAUCUGAAAAUUGGCGUGAUAAUCGUCAGGUACUGUGGAGUGGUAUGCUGCGUGAAGAUGCUCAAAAAUGGGCCGAUGAGCAUAAAAUGCAGACUUUGACCACGGCCAUGGGUCCAUUGAUGAUGCCCGAGCAUCCGCUCUGUCUCAAACUCAAAAAACAUGCGCAUGCGUGGAGUCAAUACGUACAUGGUGCCUCCGCUAUUUUUGCUUGGCAUAUUGCUAGAGGCGAAAGUGUUACACUCUUAACGCCUCCUCCCCCAUCCCGAUUCCAUCCAUCGGGAUUUACUUAUUACCAAGUAAUAGAGGAACCUAUCGUUACGGGGGCUUUCGGGCAAGACUCAGUGUGCCAUAUUGAUGUGGUACAUCCGAUGAUCAAAAAGGCGGAGGACUUCUCUUACCAGCUAUGGCCAGAAGAUAACGAGUCGACCUGGGUCCAACAAUUUGGGUUGCAGCUCAGAUCUAGAAAUUGGAGGGUCACGGGCCAACGUGAAGAGAAGCUUCGACUCAAGAACAUGAUGGGCUUGCAAGAUGGCCCGUCAAAUUGUCCCAUUAUAUCAAAACUGUCGCACAUCAGAAAGGAGAAUCCAAAGACAAAACCGGUCAAAAAGAAAGCUAAAGUCGAGAAGAAAGCCAAGGCCAAAAAGAAAGUCAAGGUCAAGGACAAUGUCAAAGCCAAAGAGAAUGUCAAAACCGAGAAGGAAGUCAAAGUCAAGAACAAUGUCAAAGCAAAGGAGAAAGUCAAAGUCAAGCAGAAUGUCAAAGUCAAGGUGAAAGUCAAAGCCGAGAAGAAAGUCAAAGUCAAGGAAGCUAAAGGAAAGAAACCAGCCAAAGUUGAUAAGAAAUGA